AUGGAGCAGGAGAAAUUGAACCAACAGGACAAAGAACAGGCAGGAGAACUGACUGCCAUUAAUGCAAGGACAAACGUGACCAAAAACCUGGUGGAGGAUCUGUGGAGAGACACACAAGUCAAACGCGUGGCCUUCACCGCCGCUCUGUCUUCAAGUUCAACAACUAUCGGACCAUUUAAUACACACACUAAUCUGGUCUUCAGACAGGUCAUUACAAAUAUUGGAAAUGCCUACAACCCGAACACAGGUUUUUUCAUUGCACCGGUGAAAGGAGCCUACCACUUUGAGCUCUACAUAGGUGCACAUGGACAUCCUUCACAUGCUUCGUCUGCUUGGUUGGUCAGAAAUGGACACAUUAUUUGUGUUGUAUAUGAGUAUCAGACAAACGGUUAUGGGACUUCUGCUAAUGGCGCCACGCUGCUGUUAGAGGUUGGAGAUGUUGUGUUUGUGCGUCUGAGUGCUAACGCAAGGGUAUAUGACAAUGAAAAUAACCACAGCACCUUCAGUGGUCAUCUGCUUUUCACCAUGUGA